GGUGAAUACUUUUCCGUCUUUGGGAGCGCAGCUGAAGUCCUUUGCUGGCUUCUCAGCUUUCCUUCACAGUUUCUCGUUGCUCCACUUCCACUUCUUGAGCAACAACUUCAACAACAAACCUCAGUUCUCCAAUCUGGAAAGCUUCUUGCAAUCUUCUUCGCUCAUCAGCAUUGCUACCUCAGCAAAUUUCUCCGCGUCCAAUCACCAUAGAAUUCCUUCAAACCCAUCCCCAAAGCUCAGCAUAUAUUUCACGCAAUGGCUGUUCCCACAUACUGCAGUCAUUCUUUCAAUGUUCUUAAGUCAGAAUCCACACUCAUCCAGUGGAUUUGCUCGAUGUGCCAUUCUGGACCUCAUUGGUUCAUCUACGAGUGUAAAUAUUGCAAACUCAAGACUUGUCGUAAUUGCUCAAUGAAGGCAUAGUCAUGUCUCAUAUACUGUCACCGCAUUGAGCAACUUGUCGCUGUCUGGAACUUUCUCAUGGAAUCUUACUAUGGUUUUUGGUGGUGUGUGGGGAAGCAGUUGGAAAUUGAUCCCUGGGAUCCGAAAAUGUCUCAAAUCUAUCUUGUUCCCGUGUUGCGAUUUGCCACAGAAACCGAAUAUGACGAGAAUGUGGCCACCUGCAUGAAAUACAUGCAGGGACGCCAUAAGCUUGCCGAUUUGUUACUAUUAGCCAACCACAGGCAUCCGUUUCUUUACAUUGUUCCCCUUUCUCAAAUCCCACAAAAAUUCAUAACCGAAUCUCCUCGUUGUCAACAACUUUUAUUGCCGAUGAGUCUACGAUGGCGACUACUUGAUACAGACAACUGAACUGAUACGACUACGACUUCUCCGACUUUUCAAAUUCAUCUUUUUUUGCAUGUUCACGAAUUUCAUUGCUCAUAUCGCAUUGCUUUACCAAUACCGACAACUGAAACCAGGUAUCCUGUACCACUCCUUUCUACGCCAUUAAACUUCACGAAUUCAGAAUCGUUUAGCUAGAGCCCAUCAAGUCGCAGGUUGGAAACACGUCUGAUGCAAAUUACCGGUCCCUAGGCUGGCAGCGACAUUUUACCCUUGAGAGCUUUACCGACAUCGGCACGCGCACAACAUUUUAACAAACAACACCAAAAAAAUAGUUCCUGUACCACAACCUUGUUUCAAAGCGAUUUGUGUUCUUUGUACCCAUUUUGUUCUAGACCAGUCUAUUUUCUCUUGCAAGUUUCAUUUGGUUCGCCUCUGCUUUUCUUCGGCUUCAGUUUAUGUCUACCUAGCACUCUGGUUUACAGUCUGUUAGCUCUGCUUUUCAUGUAUUUCUGUCUCUAUUCUAUUUGAUGUGGUGGUAUAAGGGUAUGGAUGGAUGGGGAUAGGAUUGGUUGGUUGAUUUGUUCCGGAGGUGUUCGUGGUGUCUAUGUCUAUGUGUGUUUCCGGAAAGAGGGGUGGCUUUUGUGAGAAUUGCGAUCGCAAGAAAUUUGGGAUGGGUGGCUGCCUGUUUGCUCGUCUUUAGUUUUGUUUCCUCUUUCUCUUUACUUAUUGCUCAAUUGUUUAUCUUAACGCUGUUAGAAUGAGCAAGUGGGCUGAUUGUUUUACUAUACGAUAGCCUGGUGUUUGCUACUCGGUGUGCGCAAAAUGGUUAGAUGAAUUGAUCUCCAGUCUUUAUGUCUUCCUUGUAGCUGACACUGAUAGUAUUAAUGACAUCAAUUGAUAUUUACUUGA